CUACUUUGAAUAUAAAUUUUCAAGAUGUUAGAAGAGCUUUUGAGAUUUUUUUGUCCAAUGUGAUUAAACUCUAUAAUCAUAGUUCCUUGAACUGUAAAGUUGGAGCAGAAAUUUGGCCUCCUGAUGAUGGGGAAUGGUUGGAUUUGGAUGGAGAAACGUGUUGUCGAGUUGUUAUAGAAUUUCUUGAUAACAAAAUUGUGAAAGAGUUGGCAACUUUGAUUCUGAAAGCUCAGAAGCUAGAGUCUUCUACAAUUGUGGUAGAUAGAUCAGGUUGUUGCGGUAUUGUUAAUGCUUGUGUUGGUAUUGAAUUAUCAGAUAAAGAACACAACAUUCUUGAUGAAAUGAAUGCUCUGGGAGGUAUUUUGGGUCUGGAUGUUCAUGUGGCAAUAUUGAAUGCUCUGUGCAAAGAGCAUAAAACUGCUGAAGCCACUCAACUGGUUAUGGAUAUUAGUAACUCGGAGCUUAAGUUGGACAUGGAAACAUAUUAUACUCUAAUAGAAGCAUCUAUGUCUAGUCAAGAUUUUCAAUCGGCUUUUGAUGGGGUAUUGUGUGACUUGAUUAAGCUCUAUGUCAUGAUUUAUAGUGCUCUCAAUGAUAAUGCUCGGAAUUUGCUUCAUGAUGACACAUUUGGGGUAAUGGGAUCUGUUGCGAGCUCUCUUGUUGAUAUGUAUGCCCACUGUGGAACUUUGAAGAAUGCAUACAAUAUAUAUAAUUGUGUUAGAAGCAAAAGUCUAAUUUUUUGGACUACCAUGAUCAAUGCGUAUGGGAUGCAUGGUCAUGGCAAGGAAGCCAUUUAUUUAUUCGAGACGAUGCAUGACCAAAAGAUUGUUUCUGAUCAUAUUACGUUUUUGGUUCAAGUCUUUGACAUUAAGGGUCAAAUGGAAACUGAUGAUGGGCUUGCAAACAAUUUGGAGAAAAUAUGUUUGCUUAUUGCAAUUGCAAUUAUUCAAUUGCAUUUAAAUGAAGCUACUGCGUUGUACAAGGGAAUGAACACAAGUGCAAUUAUUCAAUUGCAUUCAUUAUUGAAUUGGUUGGUCCAGCCUGAGCAUGAACACCGCAAAUGGUCUGCUGCAAUUUUCUUUGCAUUAAUCUCAAGUUGCCUACAUGUUAAUGAUCAUAAGCAAAAGUUUGGGAAUAUCGCAAGACUUGUUAAGGUGAUGUGUAGUAGCAAAAGCACCCUUGUCAAAGUAACCUGUGGGGUUAUCUUGCGGUUUUCUUGCCAUGAUCUUCUUAGCAGGGCUGAUGCCGCUGAUAAUUCUAGCACUGAAACAGACUCAGAAAAAGAUGUCAAAAAGGAACUUGCUUGGUGACAUAGGUAAGGCAUUAUUAUGUAUGAGAGUUUGGCAUAUAUAGUUAUUUCCCACCUAGCAGAUAUGAUAUAGAUACAAGUAUAAUUGCUGAGUUGUCAGAUUAAUGAGAAUUGUGAUAACUCUCUCAAAGAUAUCUGGGGUAUUGCUGGACUUGUUCUUGGUUUGGCAACCUGAUAUUCAAGAUGGAACAUCUAUUUGGGAUGAAGAUUGGACAAGUUGGAAGACAUUUCAGGCUUGAGGUCAAGCCUGUUCUUUGAGCGGGUGGAAAUAUUAGGACUCUUUAUCCCUUUACAUGGGCUAUUAUUGUUGUUUGGGCCUAUUUGCGCUUUUUCUUACAUGAGUCAACUACUUUUAGAUAUUUUCUCUACUUAAAUAGCUAAUAGGAAUUGUAACGGGAUGUAUUGGGAAAAGGUCCCUCAAGAAAAUUCAAUAAAAGUGUAGGUUUUUCUCUCUACCUACUUCUAAAGGCCGGUUUUUGGUUUCUGGAGAUCAUCCUCGUCCGGCGGCGCCUGGACGCACCGGCUGGCCUCUGGCCUCGCCGUCGUCUUGAGGUUGGCUGCCGGACGGGUAUUGGAUGGGCUAUUGCUCAAGGGAUGCAUCUGAUGGGGUUUGCUCGAGGCUUGUGGAUGGUCUGGCUGGGAUGGUGAUCAGAGGUGGUAGUCGUGCUAGCAGUUCCGGCAAUCGAACCUUGAUGACGGUGCCACCGAUCUGGCUGUGUGGUGGUGGGCUCGGGGUUGGUUUCUCUCCGUGGCGGUGUGGGUCGAGGCGGCGUGGCUUGUGCGGUUUGGGUUGUCGACGGUAUGCUCGUGGCGGUGCGGAUCGAGGGUGGGAUGCGUGGGCUGAGGCGGCAUGUCCGGCGCGGUUUUGGGUCGCAGGAGGUGGAUCGUGGGGCGUGGAUCGAGACGGGGUUGGUCGUGGCGGCGGACGAAGUUUUGGCCAGCUGGUAUGUGCGACGGGGACAGAGCUUGGCUGGCAGGUGGACUGGACCGGACCAAGCUAUUGGGCCUUGGGUGGACUUCUGCUUGAUGGAUAUCCCAUUUGGGCUUGAGUUUAUGGGCUGGGGUUUACCCUAGUCCAGUAGCUGCUAUGUUGGGCUAGGGUUUAGGCCCUUAGCCCAACCCUAUGUUUUUAGUUUUGUCUAAAUUCCAUAAAUUCCUUGUAUUAGGAACCUAGAUUUCUAGCGCCUCUAGCGUAGUACCAAAUGAGGAUCUCCGCUAUCUCUACGAUCUGAAAUGUAUAAUGAGUGUGUCUAUUUCUACGUACCACUGUGGGUACUACCACACCUUCUUGAUCUGUCUAGUUGAAGGCAGCAGAAGGGUAUGUAAUGGUCAUUCUGACAUGUGAUGAAUGCAACUAGCACCCCAUUUGGGUUUUGAUUCAAAAAAAAAAAAAGGAAUUGUAAAGGGAUCAUCGAAUAAUUGAACCAGUUUUAUUUGCUUAGUUUUUCCUCUUGUUUUCCUUCUUUCUCUUUUGCAACGAUGUCAAUUCUGGGCUUGGAUCCUGGGGAUCCUAACAGCUUGGAUCCAGUAGGUAGCUCGAUUGAUUUCAAGUUCAUCAAUGGAAUGGAAGCGGGGCCAAUGACAGACUGAGAAACAGUACCCUUUGACAUUCCACGGACUAUCCUCCAAUAAAUUUCGGGCUAGCUUUUCAGAGCCAACAGUGAGGCAGUAAGUAUUCUUCUUGAGUCUGAUAAUACGGAUCUCGCCAAUGGUUUUCCAGAUACCCAUAAGUAUAGCCUUGAUUUCCCCUAAUCCAGGCUCCUCAUCCGCAAUAAGUAAAACCAAGAGGUCAAUGCCAGAUUCCAGAUCAAGGAAGUCUGCACUCUGUUCAAAGUUAACAGACAUCGCUUCGAUAAUACCUUCAUCUUCAAAAGGAAUGUCAUCCUGGUCAACCGGAGAGAUGCCAUGGAAACAGACAGUAUGGAGAGACCCAAGUCUAACACAGACCCCACACGGGGUGGAGAGAAGUCUAAGCAGCAGACCACACAAAAGGAAGAGAGAGCCAAAGCUCUAACACAGACCACACGGAGGGGCGGGGAGACGAAGCUUUUAUUACAGACCACACAGAGGGGUAGGGGCCCGGUUGCAGAAAAUGGAAGAAGUCAAAGAUCAGCUGGAGAACUAGAACAGUUAAAUACGGAAAUAGCUAUGAUGCCCGUCUCCUUGACGAGGGGGCUUCUACUGUUAUGCUUGUGUAUAGCAGCGGCGACGAUGAGAACAGCAGAAGCAGCAGGUGGAGGAGGAUACAUGAAAUAUAAGGACCCCAAACAGCCCUUGAAUACUAGAAUCAAUGACCUACUGAGCCGGAUGACUUUGGAGGAAAAGAUUGGCCAGAUGACGCAGAUAGAGCGCAUUGUUGCUUCAGCUGAGGUCAUGAACAAGUACUACAUUGGGAGUGUGUUUAGCGGCGCUGUGAGUGUGCCAUCAGAAAAAGAUUCAGCAGAAACUUGGGUUACAAUGGUGAAUGAUUUUCAAAAGGGUUCUCUAUCAACUCGCCUUGGUAUUCCAAUGAUUUAUGGUAUUGAUGCUGUUCAUGGCCACAAUAAUGUCUACAAGGCAACAAUCUUUCCUCAUAAUGUUGGCCUUGGAGCUACCAGGGACCCAGAACUUGUUAAGAAGAUUAGAGCUGCAACUGCACUUGAAGUUAGAGCAACAGGCAUUCCAUACGUCUUUGCACCUUGCAUAGCGGUUUGUAGAGAUCCAAGAUGGGGUCGUUGUUAUGAAAGCUACAGUGAAGACCAUAAGGUUGUUCAAGCAAUGACUCAGAUCAUACCUGGAUUACAAGGAGAUAUACCACCAAACUCCAGAAAGGGUGUUCCCUUUGUAGCAGCUGGAAAUAAAAAGGUUGCAGCCUGUGCAAAGCAUUAUGUGGGCGAUGGUGGAACAACCAAAGGCAUCGAUGAGAAUAACACUGUAAUAAACAGGCAUGGGUUACUCAGCAUUCACAUGCCACCCUACUAUAACUCAAUUGUCGAAGGUGUUGCAACCAUUAUGGUAUCUUACUCCAGCUGGAAUGGAGUCAAGAUGCAUGCUAACCGUGAUCUUGUCACUGGCUUUCUUAAGAAUACUCUCCGUUUCAGGGGUUUUGUCAUCUCAGAUUUCAUGGGUAUUGACAGAAUCACCUCACUAGCUUACGCCAACUACUCAUACUCGAUUACAGCAGGGAUCAAUGCUGGCAUUGACAUGAUCAUGGUUCCAUACAACUAUACGGAAUUCAUUGAUGGUCUAACUUUCCAGGUGAAAAAUAAAAUUAUUCCCACGAGCAGAAUUGAUGAUGCAGUGAGGAGAAUUUUGCGGGUUAAGUUUAUAAUGGGGCUAUUUGAGAAUCCGUUGGCUGAUCUCAGCCUUGUCAACCAGCUUGGCAGUCAGGAACACAGAGACUUGGCUCGGGAAGCUGUGAGGCGAUCGUUAGUUCUUCUAAAGAAUGGUGAAUCUGCAGACAAGCCAUUGCUACCCCUUCCCAAGAAGACAUCAAAAAUACUUGUAGCUGGAAGUCAUGCAGACAAUCUUGGUUAUCAGUGUGGUGGUUGGACCAUUGAGUGGCAGGGAUUGAGUGGCAACGAUCUCACACAUGGUACCACAAUCCUAACCGGUAUAAAGAACACAGUUGAUCCAGAAACCGAAGUGGUGUACAAGAAGAAUCCUGAUGCCGAGUAUGUUAAGUCAACUUAUUUCUCCUAUGCCAUCGUUGUCGUAGGAGAACCACCAUAUGCGGAGACAUUUGGUGACAGUUUAACUUUGACUCUCCCUGAUGCGGGCCUUAAAACCAUUACAAAUGUUUGUGGUGCUGUGAAGUGUGUUGUCAUCGUCAUCUCCGGUCGUCCUGUUGUGAUCCAACCAUAUGUUCCCCUGCUAGAUGCUCUGGUUGCGGCGUGGCUUCCAGGAAGUGAGGGCCAAGGAGUUGCUGAUGUUUUGUUUGGUGACUAUGGUUUCACCGGCAAGCUUUCUCGCACUAGGUUUAAAACCGUUGAUCAGCUACCUAUGAAUGUUGGAGAUCCACAUUAUGACCCUCUCUUCCCCUUUGGAUUUGGCCUCACAACAACACCCACCAAAGCCAACUAGGAAAUCGUUUUGCUACUCGUCAAUGAUUUUACGGGUAUAUGUGAGCUAAUGUAAUUGAUUUAGAAUCCCUUUUUUUAUCAGCAUAAAUUAAGCAAAUAACCUUUAAGGUUAAAUUUUCAAAAA